UGCGGGCGGCGGGAGCCGCCGGCUUGGCGCAGCCGGAGCCCCUGCGAGCUCCUGAGCGCCGGGUUGUGCAGGAGACUGAAGCGGGAUGAGCGGCCCGAGGGAAGCGCCGGGGCUGCUGCGUUGCGUUUAAAAGCCCCUGGAUGGGAACGAGACGGGAGAAUUGCGUAGCGAACUAACGACCUCUCUUUCCUUUUCAAUCAUUCAAGAAUAAAUUAAAAAGUAGCAGAGCACGCAGACGUCCUUGUCGUACUCCUGUCUUAGUUGUUAACUGUUGGACAGGGCAACGCCUAUCCCAUAACACAGUCUAGAUGCUGCAUUUGAAUAUUGAAUGGAUUGCUGCCGUCUCUCUAGCUGCUGGAGCAGCUGCUGUUGGAUACCUUGCUUACAAGAAAUUUCUCUCUAAAGACAAAUGCUGCAAGGCAAUGGUAAAUCUCCAUAUCCAGAAAGAUAACCCCAAGGUAGUCCAUGCAUUUGACAUGGAAGACCUGGGAGAUAAAGCUGUCUACUGUCGUUGUUGGAGAUCUAAGAAGUUUCCACUGUGCGAUGGCUCUCACACAAAGCACAAUGAAGAAACUGGGGACAACGUUGGUCCUCUGAUCAUCAAAAGAAAGGAAGCAUAAAGUGGACAAAUGGAAGCCAUAACUUGUCAUUAUAUUUGUUUUGUUUUGUAAUUGGAGUAAAUGCAGAUUCUGUUUGUCAUGUUGCUGAAGACUUUUAAGUAUAGUAUACAUACAACAUGUUGCAGAAUAUGUAGUUUGUGGCACUUGUCUUGUUUGGAACACUACAAUACAUAUGUUAAAUACUCAUGGCUUGAGAUUAUUUUGUAUCUGAGUGGGUGUACACUUUCAUUAAGAGGUAUAAAAUUAAAAUGACACUUCGAAUGUACUUUGACCUGUACACAGAAGAAAAUAUAUUAAAUUAUUUUCAAAUAUA